AUGAAAAAAGAGUACCCCAACCCGGUGCAGGCAAGCAGAGGGCAGAAUGCUCUGCAGCCAAACCACUUUCACCUGGCAGGCAAGGUGGUCUAUUUUGUCUUCUGGCAGUUCUUCUUUGGAGAGCUCGUGCCCAUCAUCUAUUGCCCUAAGUGCGGAAAGGUGGACCGAGUGACAUCGGAUGGCUGGGUCGGUGUGACGGACAAGAUUCGUCGCGUCUGUAGUGCAAACGGGCCUGCAUUUCUCUUCAGCAAGGUUUUCCGCUGUGGGAAGGGCAAGAAGAAGGGGGAGGGCUGCCCGGGCAACGAUGGGAAACCCUACCAGUUUCGCUCCCACGACGAGGGGGUCUUGGACCAGCUGCGACGACACUGCCCUGCCGUACUCGAUCAACUCUCUAUUGUCUUCACCCGUGGUGGGGCUAUCGAGCGUAGCUUGCUGGACACCAUGGUCCGCAAUGUUGCAAGCAGUGCUUCUAUUGCCGACCAGCAGAAAAUGGUCCGUGAAGCGCAUAUGCGCACUUUUACGCAGCACAAGACUACUUACAUCCAGUAUGCUGCAGCGCGUGCCAAGCUUCGACAACAGCAGGGCGGUGCGCUCCUUUUCCCUGGACUUGCUCAGCAACCUCCCUCCGCCCCUGCUGAUUUUGGAGAGUAUGGGGACAAAGAAGGCUACCGGGGUUGGAUACCAUCAACGUCCUGGAUAGCAGGCGUCAUUCUUGCGUCCCUGAACUCGCGGCUUGCGUUCCUUGAACGCCAUCUAGCUGCGGUGGAUGGGGUUUUUUGGCGGGGGGAUCAUACCUUCCAAGCGGCCUCUCGGAUCCGCUCAGCUGACGGGCGCAAGGAUUAUGCAGCUGUCUACUCAAUAAUGAACGAAUGGUCGCAAAUUGUGGGUCAAUGGGCUGUGGGGGACACCUCCUUCGACGAGUAUGCCACCGGGAUUCGAGAUGUGCUCAAGCGGUAUGAUGACCUUGGAUAUCAGCUCCCAAAGUACAUGUGGGUUGACAACUCGCGAACAGUAGCCGCCCAGUUGUACGACGUUAUCCCCAGUUUGAGCAAAGUCUUAGAGGACGCCACGCAUGUCAUGCGACGGGUGUUCGAGAUUAUUCCCGACGCCCAUUCCCUCAAACCCGACUUCUGCCGGGACUACUCGAGCUCCAUGUUCAAGAUCCACCAGCAGGACAAGUGGGCUUUGCGGGAGUUUCUUCUGGCCGGAGGUCCUGGACGGCGGAAGUGGACACCAGCGGAGGUGGCAGCAAAGCCUGGGAGCUACUGGCGAGCGCGCUGCCGGCAUACCAUCCCCCCCCCCCAAGAACUAGUUAACGGCGUUGAAGCAGUCAUGAAGAAGUAUGAGCGGGAAACUUGCGUCAUCAACGGUGACCCUCUCAUCACUGAAGAUGUCCAGCACGUACAUCAGCUCCAGCUCCAGCUCAUGCAAGAGGGCUUGCUAAGUGAUCCGAUGAACGUUGAGGAGAUGUACAUCCUGGUCAGCGCGCCUGGCUGCAUGCCCCGUUAUGUUGGGGUCCGAGGCUGCUCGUCGCUAGAGGGCUACCACCGCCACCUCAACGCGCUGCUGGGCGGGGGCAACUAUUCUCCCGAGCUCGCAGGGGCUCUCAUGGCCCUCUUCAACUACCGGUGGAACUACGAGUGCGCGGUUCGUAGCAAGGGGGCAAAAGAUUGGGGAAUGUUUGACCACUGGCUGCUGGAAGCGAUGCAAGACACGUGCGCGGGGAUGGGGUGGCCAAAUCCGUGUCCCGAGUGGCGACGCGCUCCCCCCACCGAAGAGCGAUUCGGCGUCCAUGCAAGCCCUGUGCAAGUUCGGACAGGGGGCUCUCAGGAAGAUGUGGGGGAGGAGCCGGAGUUUCUGGACCAGGAGGCCACCUUCGUGGAGACUAUGCUGGAGGAGCAACAGCUGAAGAGCACGCAGGCUGUGGGCGCAGCUAAUGCGCAGCAACCAGUGGCUGCCGCAUGCUCGCACGGAACCAUCCCCCCUGCCCGCCCUACGCCCCCCACGCAUGCCUCUCCGCCCCAGCAGGGCGAGCUGGCUGCAAACGUGCCCGAGCACUCCUGCCCCCCCACCGAGGACGGGCUGCCCGGAGCAAAACGUGUGACUGCGCAACAGGGAGGGCAGCCUGUGCCCUCGCUCCCCUCCCAGCCGGACGAGCAGCCCGUGCCCUCGCUUGCCCCGCAGCAGGACGGGCAGCCUGCGGUCAUGCAGGCCGCGCAGCAGGGAGAGCAGCCCGGAGUGCCCCCUAUUCCCCCCCAGUACGACGAGCAGCCUGCGGUCGUGCACUGCGCCGCGCAACGGGGAGGGCAGUCCGGCGUGCCCCUGGUCCCCCCUCACAAGGACCGGCAGCCCCAAGUUGUGCGUGGAGCAGCGCACCCGGGGGGACAGCCUGUACACUCCCCCCCGUUUCAGGACAUGCUACCCGAAAUUCUGCGCGCCGCACCGCAACGGGGGGUGCAGCAGCCCUCCUACUCCUGCCCCCCCAGUCAGGACGAGGUCGUCCAAGCCGCGGCGCAGCCGGGAGGGCAGCCCUCGCCAUCCUUCCCCUCCAAUCAGGACAAGCUGCCUGGGGUCGUGCGCGCCGCAGCACAGCCGGGGGGGCAGCCCUUUUACUCCUUCUCCCCCAGUCAGGACGGAGUGGUCCGCGCCGCGGCGCAACCUCAAGACGGCCUGCCUGGUGUCGCGCGCGCCGCGGCGCAACCGGGGGGACAACUCUCGCCUUCCUUCCCCCCCAGUCAAGACGGGCUGCCUGGUGUCGUGCGCGCCGCGGCGCAACCGGGGGAACAGCCCUCGCCUUCCUUCCGCCCCAGUCAAGACGGGCUGCAUGGUGUCGCGCGCGCCGCGGCGCAACCGGGAGCGCAGCCUGUGCACGCCGGGCUAACAAGGAACACGUUGCAAGUUGCGGCUCGGCUGUUCCGCCGCGAGAAGCUUGUGACGAAACGAAAGCGAGACGACGGGGACAUCGCUCCGACCAGCUCCACAAUAGAAAGUCCGUUUAUUCCCGGUGUACGUUUCCAGCCGGAUGGUGCAGGGCUACACGGUGCUUCCUCAGCAGGGGAGCCACAAUCGGGGUCCAUCCAACGGUCUGGUGGGAACGUGCAUCUACACUCAGAGCCCUGCCAAGAGGAUGAGGAGGUCGCGGCAGCCCUUCUGCGCAACGAGAUAAUAGCGCUUAUUGCGGCGAUUUUGGCUUUCCUCUUGGGAAUCCUUGCUUCGGUGCUGCAUUUUGUAUGGACCUCAAAGGAUCGCUUGUGGAGACGUUUUCUCUUGCGGGCAUUACCGGGAAUUGGAGCUUCUGCCGUAGCCAUCGUUAUAGCGGUCAUUCUUCUAGCCAAACAGUGCUCGGUAGCCGAAUACUACUGCUGUCAUUGUGGAAGGUCAUACAACAUACCGCUGCUGAUUUUCUGUUAUGUCACAGCGGUGGCCUCCUUGGUCAAUUGCGUGAUUCAAGGUUCGUGUGGUGGCUCUGCAUUCCAGAGCAAAGGCGGCAAGCAAGGUCUUAUGGCAGAAGAAGGAAACCACCUAAAGGGCAACUUGGACGCCGACAAAGCAUCAGCACCGACUUCUAAGCAGGAUACGGCCUCCUUUGAAGUGGACAUACAUUCUGCAUCAGUACUGUCAUUUGGGGGGUUCCGCAGAUAUCAGGGACAAGCAUUGCUGGCAAACACCGACAACUUUAGUCCCAAAUAUCUCUUAGGGACCGGAGGCUUUGGGAAGGUGUACAAAUGUCCAAACUCAGAUGGCAGCAUCGUGGCCCUCAAGGUUCUAGACGAUCCUCUGAAGGUCUAUGGAAAUGAGAAUCAGUUUGCGCGAGAAGCCCAAGUAAUGAGCAACAUCAAACACAAGCAUCUCGUCAACCUCCUCGGGUUUGCAACAACAAGCAGCAUGGAGUUCAUCCUCGUGCUAGAGUAUUGCAGUGGCGGCAACCUAUAUCAGGCACUCCAUGGAGGGGUGCCGAAACUAGACUGGUUAAGCAGAAUGCGAAUAGCGGUGGGUGCUGCCCAAGCACUGGCGUAUCUUCACCACGGCAUCAGCCCGCCAUUAGUUCACCGUGACAUGAAGGCAGCCAACGUGCUGCUGGAUCAACAUCUGAAUGCCAAGGUUGCAGACUUUGGUCUGGCUAAGAACAUCCUCGACCAAGCCACUCACGUCAGCACGCGCAUCGCCGGCACUUUGGGGUACAUGGCACCCGAAUACUCCACAAGUGGGCAGUUGACGUCGAUGAGCGAUGUCUACAGCUUUGGUCUGGUCCUGCUCGAGAUCCUCACGGGCAAGGACGUCAUCGUCCGCGAUGCGAGGGGCACCGAGAAUCUGGCGAACGGGGUGGCCGACUUGAUGCCGGAUGUCCACCGAAUUGUGGAUCCAGCCCUUGAGUUAUUGUGGCCUCCAGAGAUUGUCGCUGAAUACAUCAAUCUGGCUCUUCGCUGCACGAGCUUGCACAGACCGAGGGAGCGUCCCAACAUGAAAGAAAUCGCGUACAAGCUGGAAUUACUCAAUGACAGGUCCUUAGAUGCUGCCAAUGGGCCUCAGUCAUUUUUGAUUCCGACCGCGCCACCUGCGCACCUAUCUUCGAGCGACUCUUGGGGGAUUCCUGGCAACUCUCACACAAGCGGGGAGCUUCGAUUUGGUAGCCCGCAUGAUUCGGAUGUUGCCCCUAUGACUCAGAUCCAGGUUGGACGGUAGGUCAGUGGGAGUUGGACCAGAGCGGCUAGAGAUCUGCUUCUUGAGACUUGUUAGAUCUGUACUAAACGAGUUUUUAUGUGGACUUAGACGACACUCUCUCUCCGUAUCCUGAGCGGAUGCCUUGAUAUCAGCUUCAAAGCCUCCAAGUCUACGUCAAGUAGGGGUUGAUGCUUGCUGCCAGUGAUGCCAAUUGAAAGACGUUCGCGUUUAGGCCAGGUUAAUGUAGAAGCAACACUGCAAAUCUGGACUACCAAAGAAUGGGCAAGUAUAGAUUUAUGCGGUGUCUCAAGAGCAAACAUGUUUGUUUUGCGCGGCAUCUUUCCGGAGCACGCACAAAAUCAACUCUUCAGUUGAUUACUUUGUGGUUUACGAAGGAUAGUAGCAAAACCUCGAACGUAGCUCUGAUACUCGGUGCAAGAACUGCACCAUGACUCGCUUUAGGGCAAUAGGCUGCAAGACCACACAGUCUAGUACUAAAAUAAGGUAUGCUCGGACCAUGCGCUUCACAUCAGUGAGCUUAGCGCGCGACAAUAGCACGAUC